CUCGUUCGUCAUUGGACGUAAGUUUCUCUCUCUCCUCUCCUUUUUUUUUAACUUUCUCUCUCUCACCUCUUUUCGUUAUUUCGAUUCUUUUCCAUUGGAAACGAUACCUGGGGAACUCUGGAUCUAGGUUUUCAGAUCGAUUUUGGUUUUUUUUUUUCCUCUCUCAGUCUAGGGUUUCUCUAGGGUUUCAAUUUUGGGGGUUUGUGCCCUAAUUCGCCGUCGAGGAAGGUUCUCUCUUCGGUAUCGUCCCCUCGUGGAUUCUGAUUUUGAAUCGAGGGUGCAAUUCGUCAUCGGAUUGAUUCGGUAUUGUGAUUCUUAUCCGGCCAAUUGAAAGCGAGAACAAGGAGGUGUUUGAUCGUGGAAGGGACUGACGCGUUGAUAUGUGCAGAGCCAUUGGAAGCUAGUCGCAUUGCAUUGGAAGGAGCCCCAAGUCGUCGUCUUUUCUUCUGUGUGAAGGAUGGGUAAAGCGAGGAAGCAUUCUAGAGGGAUGCAAGCUGUUGAGCGUGAUGACUUUGGUUACCCGCGUGGGACGGAUAGUGAGAUGGAGGAGGAGGCGCCCGUGAGGAAAAGGAGUCGUUUUAGCUUGAAUGGUGGAGAUAGAUUUGGUGUUCCUAAAGAGGUUUUGUCUUUGUCGAAUAUGCUAAGGUCUGAGAGAGAGCAUUUAGUUCACAGGCUCAGGAUGGAGCUUGAACAGGUCAGGGAGCUUCGUAGGAAGGUUGAAUGUUUUAGUUCAGAUAGGGUUAUGUUGUCUCCGUAUAGCGAUCUUCAUAGUUGCAGUGAUGGGUCUCGGAGGAUGCCUACACAGGGGAAAAAGCGUCGUCCUUUGCGGAAUGAUAAGCAGCGGAGUAAGAAAGGGCCAUCUCGGCAUGAUGUCCCAACAGGCUCUACAGUUGCUGCAUUGAUGAAGGAGUGCCAGACGUUGGUCGAUCGUCUAUGGUCACAUAAGUUGGGGUUUCCAUUUCGCAUUCCUGUUGAUCCAGUUCUGCUGAAUAUUCCAGACUAUUUUACUGUGAUUAAGCACCCGAUGGAUCUUGGAACGAUAAGAAGCAGACUGCGUAAUGGGGAAUACUCUAGUCCUUUGGACUUUGCAGCAGAUGUGCGUCUUACGUUUUCAAAUUCCAUGGCUUACAACCCUCCUGGAAACCAGUACCAUAAAAUGGCUCGAGAUCUCAGCGCAUAUUUUGAGUCGAGAUGGAAAACUAUAGAGAAGAAGAUACCUGUGAUGGAACCACCAGUCACGUACCUAACCAGUUCUGCUUCUCUGGAGUCUGAAGUCCCGUAUAAUGUACCACCACCAAGAAAGAAUACAGCUUCAGUGAACGAGAGCAAGUUGAGGGUGGAACCUCCGAAGUUGGUCAUGACAGAUGAUGAGAAGAAAAAACUAAGCCAAGAUUUGGACGCGUUAGAAGAGUUCCCACAAAACAUUGUUGAUCUCCUGAAAGAGCAAAUUGGCAAUGAUGACCUAUCUGGGGAAGUUGAGAUUGAGAUUGAUAUAGAGACGCUUUCAGACGAAACCUUGUUCAUGGUUCGGAAACUCCUGGAUGAUUAUCUAAAGGACAGAAAGAAAUCACAGGAGAAGAGUGAACAUUGUGAGAUGGAGAUAGCUCAUGACUCUGGAUUCAGUAAUUCCACUCUGCAGCCUAGUAAAGGUGAUCUGCUAAUUGACGAGGAUGUUGACAUAAUUGGUGGAAAUGACCCCCCUGUUUCUAGCCAUCCCCCUCACAAGAUAGAAAAAGAUGAUGCAUGUAGAAACAAUGAAUGCAGCAGUUCGAGUAGCUCCAGUAGGGAAUCAGGCUCUUCAUCUAGUGAUUCUGAUUCUUGUAGUUCCUCUAGGAGUGAAACAGAUUUCACUAAAGCUUCAAAUCCUACGAGCACAGAGGAUAAACAGGAACCAGGAGUUGAUAUCAACGGUGAAAAGAUUGUUGUAAAUGAUUCUUUAAAUGAGUCUUGUCAAGUUGAGCAUGAUGUUCGGGAAAAGUCAACCUCCAUGGCUGCAUUAAAUGUCCUUACAGAGGAGGAGACGGCUCCACUUGAGAGGCAAGAUUCCCCAGGAAAGCGUCAGCGCGCGGCUUUGUUGAAAAAUCGCUUUGCUGAUACCAUUAUGAAAGCUCGAGAGAAGACACUAACUAAGGGUGAAAAAGGAGAUCCUGAAAAACUAAGGAUAGAAAGAGAGAAGUUUGAAAAACGGCUCAGGGAAGAAAACCUACGGUUACAAGCCGAGGCCAAAGCUGUUGAAGAGGCUAGGAGGAAAGCCAAGGCAGAAGCUGCAGAGAAAGCAAGGAGGGAAAGAGAGCAAGAGAGAGAAGCUGCACGACAAGCCUUACAAAAGCUGGAAAAGACGGUGGAGAUAGACGAGGGUAGGCGGUUUAUGGAAGACCUGGAGAUGCUUAGAGCUACAGGUGCCGAGGGUGAUCAACUACCAACUUUCAUGGAAGAGAUGAGCCCCAAAUGUAGUCCGGAUAUGUUGGGUAGUUUUAAGAUGGAAGGAAACAGUAACCCGUUAGAACAGCUAGGUUUGUACAUGAAAAUGGAUGAGGAUGAGGACGAUGAAGAAGAUGAGCCACACUUUAGGCAAGGAGAAGUAGAUGAGCAGACCCUUGAUAGAAAAGAAAGAUUCACGCUUAGUCCUCACGGAGUAGAGAGAGAGGACCAACUUGAUAACGGAAAUAAAAAACCGGCAAGUCAAAAGGCACAAGAUAAUGGGAACCAAGAAGAUGAAAAAUUUAUCAACCAAAAGGAAGGAGAGGAACAAAUAGAGAAUGGGCCAGUUAGUCUUCACGGAGAAGAGGGAGAAGAUCGGGUCGGUAGUGGAAGUGAAGGGAGAGAAGAAGUGGUGAGCGAAAAGGCACAAGAUAGUGUGAACCACGAAGAUGAAGAACUCAUCAAUCAAAAUGAAGGAGGGAGAGAACAGUUGGAGAUUGUGCCAGAGCAAGAAAUCGGAGUUGAGGACAAGGGAGAUGAAGAAGCUGGAAUUGUCGACAUGGUAGGGGUGGAAACUGAAGUUGUUGAGAUGGUAAAGGUUGAUACUGAAGAAGUUGACACGAGAGAGCAAGAGACUGAAGUAGUUGGCAAUGGAGAGAAAGAAACUGAAGUUGGAGGCAUGGGAGAGCAAGACAAUGGAAUUGAGGACAAGGGAGAUGAAGAAGCUGAAAUGUACAACAAAGAUGAAGAAGCUGGAAUUGUCGACAUGGAAGGGAAAGAAACUGAAGUUGUGGACAUGGUAAAGGUAGAAACUGAAGUUGUUGACAUGAGAGAGCAAGAGACUGAAGUUGUGGACAUGGUAAAGGUAGAAAAUGAAAUUGGAGGCAUGGGAGAGCAAGACAAUGGAAUUGAGUACAAGGGAGAUGAAGAAGUUGAAGUUGUGGACAACAAAGAUGAAGAAGCUGGAAUUGUGGACAUGGGAGAGGAAGAAACUGAAGGUGUCGACAUGGUAAAGGAGGUAGAAACCGAAGGUGUCGACAUGAGAGAGCAAGAAGAGACUGAAGCUGUUGACAAUGUAGAGAAAGAAACCGAAGUUGUCGUCAUGGGAAAGAAAGAAAAUGAAAUUGGCGGCAUUAGAGAGGAAGAAACUGAAGUUGUCCACAAGAGAGAGGAGGAAACUGAAGUUGUGGAAAAUGGAGAGGAAGAAACAGAAGUUGUCGACAUGGGAGAUGAGGAAACUGAAGUUGUCCAGACGAGAGAAGAAGAAGAAGUUGUGGGCAAGGGACAGGAAGUAAGUGAAAGUCUACACAAGAGAGAUGAAGAAAGUGAAGUUGUGGAAGAACAAACUGAAUGAUAUGUCUUUCUAUUGGGUGGGUCUCCUUGACAAGAAGAAGAAAGGGAAUGAAAAAAAAAGGGUGAGCAAUGAGAGAGAGAGUCUUUCUAUGCACAAAAUGUGAUGUGGCGUGAAAUAACCAAGUAAAGGAGAGCCAGAGAGGAUGAGCUUUGCUUAUUUCUCAACCUGACCUGUUUGAGUGUUGACGAGAUGCACUUUGAAUUGAUGAAGACCAAAAAAAAAAACAUAACAAUUUUGAUUAAUGAAAGAUAUUGUCGAAAA